AUGGAGGCUAAUUAAGUCAACGACUAAGUCAUAAAAUCGUUAUUAUACUAAAAAAAGGUAUGUGCAUUAAACAAAUAUUAGUAUAAAGAAUUAGUUGAUGCAGCAACUUAAUUGGGUUUAGUGAAAUCAUACUCGAAAAUGAAAUAUGACGGAAUAAUUUACUCAAUUGGCUAGCUAGUUUAGUUAUCAAUUGACGGGAAUAGGGACAAGAAAACAUAUGGAAAGUUAAUAGGGUUUUGUAAUUUGCAGGUGGAUGAAUAUUUGAUACCCAUGAUCAAAGUGCAAAAGUACAUUAAUAAAUUGGAAUUGCCCUCAAAGUUAAAAGAGUUAUAGGAAGGGAUAAGUGAGUUUGAAUUGUUUUAAUCAGAGAUAGAGGAAUGGUUGUUUUGCACUUAAAUUGAUCAUGAAAUAAGGUUAAUAACAAUAAAGGAAUAUGAGGAAAUGACAAUCUAAAAUGAGAGAACGUAUUUUACAAGGGCUGAUUAUAACGUAGAGAAGGAUAAGUUUACGCCUCCAAUUUCGAAGUGGAAUAGAAUCUGUAUUUGCAAUCAAAUAUCAAAUCCUGAUAAAUCGUAUAUUCAAUGUGAAAAAUGUUUAAAAUGGUUACAUUACGAAUGCGCUGGUGUUUAAGCAUAAUUGGCUCAAGACAUGAAUUUCUAUUGUGCAAUGUGCAGGAAGAAAUGA